CACUCUCCUCCUCUUCCUCCCCCACACAUGUCUAUGAUAUCUUGUUACUCAGAAGAGUAAACAUGUCCUCAGAGAUGAGUUUGCCCGGGGGCUCAAAGCUCCUUUCUCUCAUCAGACAAUUGCUGUCAAGUUGGAGCAGCAGCUCAAGAAGGACUAAAGUCAUUGUCUUCUCCUUGGCUGGUCUCUCUUUAUCAAUACUGGCAGCAGGUGUGAUACUCCGCCAGAGGAGGAGGAGAUACAGAGGAUUACUGGCUAGCAGGAUGAAAAGAAGAGAAACUUUUGGAACAGCGUCACCAGAUGUUAAGUCUCAUCACCGCAUAAACUCAUUCCCCACCCCCAUACCUGAUCUCAUUGUUGAUGACACCACUCAAGAGGAAGAGGAGGAUGGGAACGGACAGAGAGGGUGGAGCUCGGGUGGAGUCAGACGAAGACUAUCGGUGGAAUUCUCUCAACCAGAGGAUUACGAUACCAUUUCCGUGAGACAAGAUAGCGACAUUUUCCUGAGUUUAUCACAAAACUAUUCAACAGGCCCCCUCUCCGAUGAUUUCUAUGAUGCUACUGACCUCUCUAAUCCCUAUUCCCCUCGUAACAUGGCCACGCCCAUUAUUGAUUAUUUAUCGGAUUCAGAUGACUCCUUCGUUUCUGCUACCCAGCACUUGGAUACGGUGUCAUUUAAGCAUUCGUUCUACAUAUCAUCACUGGAAGUUGUUGAAAGAGGAGCAGUACCAUGUAGGACAAUGAGAACUGAUGUUUUAUGCUGCACUAGUGAAAGAGAUUUCCUAGCUAAGCUACACUGUGUCCGUCAGGCCAUGAACCUGCUACUGCAGUCACCAGAGAACAGAGAAUACCUGAUUGAUGCCGGGAGAGAUAUGGUAGUAUCACUACUGAUAAAAUCAGCAUACGAUGCUGGUCCAUUUCUUGAAGCUUACGAUAAUAUCAUUAAGUUUUGUCAAGUACCCGAGAAUUUAAAUAAGACGAACAUUGAACUGUCGGAGAGAGGAGUAGUGUGUAUGAAUAUAUAUGAUAUUGCUUUGGACUUCUUGCUGUUGGAUGCUUUUGAUGACUUGGCUAGUCCUCCUUCAGCAAUGCUGUCAGUGAUACAGAAUGGAUGGAUAUCAGAUGGGAUCAAGCAAAGUAUGUUAAAUACAGCAGUUUGGUCUAUUCUAAAGACUAAGAAGAGUUUAUUAAAAAGUAAGAAUGGGUUCAUGUACCUAUUCUACAGUCUAAGUGAGACUAUUUCCCCCGUCUUUGCGUGGGGUUUCCUCGGCAAUAACAAUCAACUCAACGAGCACUGUCAACAGUUUAAAGCUACGAUAAUGAAGCUCCUCAUUGCUGUGUUUUCACUGGAGACUGUUAGAUACAGUUCAGCUCAGACUCUUGCUGAUGACAUUAUGCAUCACACCAGAAGAGCUGUCAAUUCUCUUUCUAAUAUUUAGCAUCUUGUGUAUUUUAUAAUUAUUGUUUUUUAUUCAUUAUUAAAGACAAAAAAAUAUUGUUGGCAAUGAAUGUAAAUUUUCUGAUGCAAAGGUAUUGGCUUUAAAAUUUAUGAGGAACAAA